AUGGCCUCCUCCCGCCAAUUCUUCGUCGGCGGCAACUUCAAGAUGAACGGUACAAUUGACAGCAUCAAGAGCAUCAUCUCGCACCUCAACGACGCCAAGACCGACUCCAACACCGAGGUCGUCAUCGCCCCUCCCGCACUCUACCUCCUGCUCACCCGCGAGCACCUCCGCAAAGGAAUCGAAGUCGCCGCCCAAAACGUCUUCGACAAGCCGAACGGAGCCUUCACGGGCGAGAUCUCCGUGGCUCAGUUGAAGGAUAGUAAUAUCACGUGGACGCUUCUCGGACAUAGUGAGAGGAGGGUGAUUUUGCAGGAGACGGAUCAGUUUGUUGCGGAUAAGACCAAGGCGGCGCUGGAUGGUGGCAUUGGUGUGAUUCUGUGCUGCGGUGAGACGCUGGAGCAGAGGGAGGCGGAGAAGACGAUUGAUGUCGUGCAGGCACAAUUGCAGGCUGCGGCGGACAAGGUCAAGGAUUGGAGCAAGAUUGUCGUGGCUUAUGAGCCGGUGUGGGCUAUUGGCACGGGCAAAGUCGCCACGACCGAGCAGGCACAGGACGUGCAUGCUGCGAUUAGGAAGUUCUUGAAGUCGGCUGUUAGUCAGGAGGCGGCGGACCAGACGAGGAUUAUCUAUGGUGGGAGUGUGAGUGAGAAGAACUGCAAGGAAUUGGCUAAGGCGGAGGAUAUUGAUGGGUUCUUGGUUGGCGGUGCUUCGCUGAAGCCGGCGUUUGUUGACAUUGUCAAUGCGAAGCAGUAG